AUGUCCGCAAAAUCCUUAAUCUCAACUAAUCCUAACGCCCUAAUCCCUCUCUUCUUCAUCCUCCUCCUUAUACCGCUGUCUCCAUCAUCGAAUUUUGUUAAUUCAGCUCGAACUCUGUCAUCACUCCACAAGUCGAAGGUCCGGACCGAUGAAUCUCUUACCUUUCUAUGGCCUCUUCCCGCUCAAUACACUUUCGGCAAUCAAACCCUCACCGUUGAUCCUAACCUCUCGCUCGUGCUCGGCGGACGAAAGGCUGGGAAUUCCAAUUUUAUUACGGAAGCUUUUAUGAGAUAUAAGAGUAUCAUCUUUAAGCAUCCUUCUAAAGAGUCCGCUUCGGGAUUCAAAUAUGACAUCACCAAGCUCAGCAUUAUUGUUCAUUCGGAGAAUGAAGAGCUGCAACUUGGGGUGGACGAAAGUUACUCGUUGCUCGUGGCAAAGAAUGAUGGCCAUUCCAUCAUUGGGGAAGUCACGAUCGAGGCUAAUACACUCUAUGGUGCACUGAGGGGUUUAGAGACAAUGAGCCAACUGUGUGUUUAUGACUACGAAUCUAAAUCAGUAAAAGUAUUCAAAGCACCAUGGUUUAUUCAGGACCAGCCAAGGUUUCAGUAUCGUGGGCUUUUACUAGAUACUUCCAGGCACUACCAGCCGGUUGAAAUUAUCAAGCAAGUCAUAGACUCCAUGUCCUAUGCUAAACUCAAUGUCCUUCAUUGGCACAUCAUAGAUGAAGAAUCCUUUCCACUGGAAGUGCCUGAAUAUCCAAAAUUGUGGAGUGGGUCCUACACAAAGUGGGAACGCUAUACUGUUGAGGAUGCCCUGGAAAUUGUUAGCUAUGCAAAACUGAGGGGUAUCAAUGUUAUGCCAGAAGUUGAUGUUCCUGGUCAUGCUGAAUCGUGGGGUAAAGGAUAUCCUGAUCUUUGGCCUUCACCUUCUUGCACAGAGCCUUUAGACGUGUCUAAAAACUUCACCUUUGAUGUGAUUGCUGGGAUUCUAACAGGCAUGCAGGAGAUUUUUCCAUUCAAGCUCUUUCAUUUGGGUGGUGAUGAGGUGAAUACAGAUUGUUGGACCUCCACUCCGCAUGUGGCACAAUGGCUAGAAGAGCAUAAUAUGUCCACUAGAGAUGCAUAUCGAUAUUUUGUUAUCAAAGCUCAAGAAAUAGCUCUAUCGCAUGACCGGAUUCCUGUUAAUUGGGAGGAAACAUUCAAUACAUUUCCGUCAAAACUCAGCCCGGAGACUAUUGUGCACAACUGGUUGGGUCCUGGUGUAUGCCCAAAAGCUGUUGCCCAGGGUUUUAAAUGCAUUUAUAGCAAUCAAGGUGUCUGGUAUCUUGAUCAUUUAGAUAUCCCAUGGGAGAAUGUCUACUAUGCCGAGCCAUUAGAAGGAAUAAAUAAUGCCUCUCUGCAGAAUUUAGUGAUUGGUGGAGAAGUGUGUAUGUGGGGAGAAACUGCCGAUGCCUCAGAUGUUUUGCAGACGAUAUGGCCUCGAGCUGCUGCUGCUGCAGAGCGCCUGUGGAGCAACAGAGAGGCUACAUCCUCAGGCAUUUCUAAGUUACAACCGACGUUUAGAUUGGAAUACUUCCGUUGCCUUUUGACCAGACGUGGAAUUCCAGCUGCUCCGGUUAAGAACUAUUACGCUCGAACAGCUCCACCUGGUUAUGGAUCAUGCUAUGAGCAGUAACACUUGUGUACUUCCUCAAGAAUGUAAAUAUGGUAUGGUGUUCUAGAUCCGGUGGCAUGCCAUUGUUGGCUCCGAUAAUACAGCUUUGAGUACUUGGAUUGGUUUGACGGCCAGUUUACUGUAACUUGUAACGUCUUCAUACCCCUUUUAAUGUAUUACAUCUGUACUCUUAUCUGUAUCCAAUUCUAUACCUUAAAGAAAGUUAAAAGCUAUUGUUUCAUUUCAAAUUUUUGUGCUUUCUAAAGUAAUCUGGGGAAGUUAGCUUUUCCUUUCAUUCUGCAUAAGAAGUAUGCCUUGAAGUAGGGAAAAUCUUUUUGGUUUCAGAGGAAAGUGAAACUGAGGAUUCAUCAGUUCCUUGCUGCUGAUAAGUCCAUGCUUCAAUUACCGAGGUAAAUAUGAAUAGAAUUGGAUUUAAAAUUUGACCACUGUCUGGCUGUAUUAUCCAGCAAUUCAGGGCUAGGAAAAGGAAGGCUAGUGGAAGACUAGCUGUAUAGCUCAUUGGAGGAUGGUGACAAUUAUACUUCAUUUUCCAGCCAGUCAAAAGUUUUACCAGGAAUCUGACCGGACAAUUUUUUACCUCAUCAGGUGAUAACAGCAUCAAUUCAUCAAAGUAUCAAACUACUCAAGAAAGUGACAAAUUUGACAAUAUUUUUUUCCUUUUGGAAACCAGCUAAGUGCAGUCCAUUAAUUUUACAAGCAAAUAGUAUUAUGAUACACCACCAGUUGAGUAUGUGUAUUCCGAACAGGAGUGCGUGCCUAGUAAACUUAUACAUGUAGCGUACCAAAUUUUCAGCAUACUAUACUAUUUUUUUUUUUUAUAAUUAUUUUGACAUGAU